CUUGUUUUUUCUCCUGAACCUCCGCUCUCUCCGACAUCAUGACCAGCGCCGGUGACGUGAGCUAUCCCAACCCCAACGGGAACAGUAAGUAAACCAUGUAUCCCCAAUCAAACCCCUCCGUCCUCCUUCCUCCGACCUCUCGCGAGUGAAUGUGACACAAACUGACUGAAUUCAAGACGCGAAAGACGUCUUUACCAACGGACCCAUCAUGGACAACAUCAAGACCGAGGCAUCCCGUACCGGGAAUGAGUUCCGUGACCUCAAGAACUCCAGAGUGACUCCCUCGAGCACUGCCUCGACCGGACAACCCUUGACCUAUUACCACUCUCUGCUGUACAGUCUGUUGAGCUGGGAACAACCUCGCGCUACGGCCACCUCCUAUAUCAGCGUGAUCACCUUCAUCUUUGCCGCCCGUUACCUGCCUCUUCUUCGCUGGGUCUUCAAGUUGGCCUACGUUGUUUUGGGAUUUACCGCGGCAUUCGAGAUCGGUGGUAGAUUGGUUUUCGGUCAGGGUCUUUCGAGCUCGUUCCGUCCCCGCAAGUACUACACUGUCCCCAGGGAGACCAUCGAAGCGAUCCUGGAAGACCUCGUGCAAAUUCUUGACUUUGGACUGCUCGAAUUCCAGCGUGUUCUGUUUGUCGAGAACAUCGCUCACACGGUUGCUGCCUUCUUCGCUGCUCUGAACGCCUACUGGUUGAUCAAGUUCCUUCCGUUCUGGGGCUUGUCGUUCAUCGUCGUCACUGUUGCUUACUUCGGUCCUCUCACCUACAUGAACCACAGUGAGGUCAUCGACGCCCGUAUCGAAGAAGCCCAGUCGAUCGUUGAAUCCCAUGCCAAUCAGUUGAAGGACCUCGUCGAGGAGCGAGCGGCCCACGCGACAGGCAUCGUCAAGCAGUACUUGGAUGACUACAGCAACAAGGCCUCGGAUUUCAUUACUCCCCGCCCGCGUUCCGCGUCUCCCGAGUUGAGAAAGGUGUCUAGCCCUGUGAUCAAGAAGGAGCUCAGUGCCGAGCCCGAGCUUAAGCCAUCCGCCUUUCCCCAAGCGCCGAAGGAAGAACUCGUGUACGAAUCCAUCGAACCCGCUGAACAAAGGGAGCCUCUCUUGGCAGCCUAAGCGGUACGCACACUGCAUUAAACCUGAAAGCUGCUAGUAUUUGUUUGACACAAAUGUCGGGAGAUUGGAUGGUCCAAUGGCAGUGGCGUUGAGGUGGGCUAUGUUGCGGUAGGGUCAAGAGUAUCCGAAGUGAUGCAGCAUUUCCUUUUACAGCAAUUCGCUCGGAGAUGUUCGUGGUCUAAGGAGGGACGGCCGCGGUGUGUAUGAUGAAAAAGAGGGCUUCAAUUCCUCUUGUGUCCUCGUUUACUCUUCUUGUUUCCCUUUGUUUUCGUCCCUAACUUUCUCGUGUGUAUGUUUUACUUGUUUAUUGUUUUCUAUGGGACCUUUGUUAUGCGUGGAUUCUUUCUCUGUCUUUAUUUCUUAUUCGAAUGUCAGCCC